CGGAAAUGAUCACAAACAGAAACUGAAUAUUAUUGUUUGUAAGAUUGUUUUCGUGAAGAAGGACGUAUUAAACAGUUGUUACUUCUCUGCUUCGUGCAUAAUGUCAGGUAUGCAAUUUAAUACUGCAUAUAUAGUACCAUAACUGACCGAUGGUUUUAGUAUUGACCGAUAUUUUCCAUUGACUCGAGACUGAAGUUUGUUAUGUCUAUUAGGAUAGGAUAUUUUCCCGCAAUCUCAUUGUGUUUCCUUCCGUAGGAAAACUAGAUGAAUUUAAGCAUAGGGUUUGAAUGUUAGAUAUUUUCUACUUUUAGGUAAAGAUUUUCGUGUUGGUCGUUUAUUUACUUCCAUUUUCAUUUGUUUAUUCAAGUUUCAUUAAGCGUGUUACAGGUAACUACUCAUCACGCAAGCUAGUUGAAUAUAAUCAAGGAUCACCGUUAGCGGUUGAUAAUCAGGACACAUUAUAUAAACAGAACCAGCUCAUUUAAGCAACCGUUUGCAUCACUAGCACUUGAAAAAUGAAAGAAGAGGAAAAGGUAGGAUUUUUUUUCAGUUUCUCCACCGUAUUGAAGCGUUUUUCAGUUCAAUUCAGGAACUUAACUCUAAAUUUUGACUUCCACUGCCAUGAGGUUUGUGUCGCUCAACUGCGAUAAAUCAUAUGGUUCCUCUACACAAAUCUAUGAAAGGCGUAGAUUGGGUAAAGUACUUUGCUGAAAAUUCCCUCAUUACCUUUUGUAGUACUUAAAGGCGAUUUCAAGACCAGGCAUUCGAAAUCGUAUCGCGUGUGCAUAUUAUCUCUAAAUUGCAUCGACAAUCAUCGUACAAUGACCAUCGUACUGUACAUCGCUUAGUCUAUUUAGAGUCGUAGAUUUUUCAUUCCUACGAAUAUUCUUUAAAACUGUGAGUUAUCGCUCCUGUGAAAAGUAAAAAAGUGUUUUGAUAAAAUAAGUAGUAAAAAUUUAAGGGUUGAGCGUGCUAAGGAUAAUGACCGACUGGCAAUUAAACCGGAACUUGUGGGCAUUUACUGAAGCGUGACGCACGUGGACCAUUGUUAACUGCUGGUUUAUUAUCUUCUCGGUUAGCUCUGAAAUAAAAGACUUUUUUUAGCACUUUCUCGUGGAGAUGUCUCAAGGUCAUAUUUUCAGCUAACAAUAUCUGUCAUAUUUUCCUUUCGUGUCAAACCGAAAGGAACUUGCUAUUAUUCCUCACACAUGUCUAUUAAGGAAAUAUUUCAAGGCGAUGUUUUAAAACGGAUUUCCGACUGAUGAGAUUCAUCAUUUAAGUAAGAGAGAAAAUUAAAACUCCGUGAUGGGGGUAUAACUUGUUUUGUCUCAAACGGAAUUUUGAGAGCGUGAAACAGGUUGUUUUGCUGAAAAAUAAACAACAAUGAGUGAGGUUGAUAUUAGAGCACAAAUACAUAUUAGGUGGGUUCACACUAGACCCUCAAGUGCACUUCAAGUGCACUUCAAGAGGACUUGAGUCCAACUGCGCUUAGAACGUACUUGAAGUGCACUUCAGUUCUUUCUGUCGAAACAACGUUCACACGUUCACAUGCAGUUUUCGCGGAAAAAUUGUCUAAGUUGUGGAAUCAUAUUUCGCGGAAAAUUGCUGCAGUUCUUGGUUUUAAAGCCAGACUGAUCACUAUGCGACCACGGAGGUUGAAGAUUAUUUUGACAUUAAUGUUUAUCUUGUUCAACUUGUUGGUAAGACGAGCUAGUUUUAUUCAUGUAAGCAUUCUCCACGUAAUUUCUCCGCUACAAGAAACUUUACUUUUUCGUUGUCGAAGAGGGCUGUAACUCAACAUGAUGGUCCUGUAGUGCCGGUGAACUUGACAAACUCCUGCUUUGAAUAGGCUCAAAGGAGUAAACAGAAGGAGUAAAUUGCAUUUCGUUUCUAAUACCGAAUGCACUAAGCUACGUUGCGUCUGUAAAUAAAAUUAAAAAGGAAAAUAAUUUCAUUGCUUUGCCCUUCACGGGUACUGAAAGAUUCCAAUGAUCCAAGAAAAGCCCUCGCGUAUUUGGUAAAGGAUGAAAAAGGCAGAACCUACAUUAAACUGAUGUCCAGGAGAUCAUCCGGAUUUACCAUUUGAUUUACCAUUUGAUUUACCAUUUGCCUGAAAAACGCCAUGAUACUGCCGCAAAGCGAGCCACCUUUAUAUUAAAGUGGUCAGUUUUCAGCUUUUCGCAAUAAUCGCGCGCGUUUCGGGAAACAUUCCCAUCUACGAAUGAUUGACAAGUCAUUAAUUAGCUUUAAACCCGUUGAUUGGACAAGUGCACUCUCAAGAAAGGUGUCGACCACACUUGAGAGUGGACUUCGGGGCUUUGAUCUUUUCUGGUUUCCUAGACGACUAAGUACGAUCAGUCAAGUGAAACGGUUUGAAGCAGAACCCGUUCACACACAAGUUCGUCUCAAGUGCACUUAAAAUGCCCCUCAAGUGCACUUGAAAUGUCUAGUAUGAACCCACCUAUUGAUUAGCAUGUGACGGAAGUUUCCGUGAUACUCUUCCCUCUGUGGAAAUCUUCAAACGAGUGUGUAAAUUUCGCAAAUUCGCCAUUGUCUAACAUCACUUAGAAAACUAAUAUCUUUCUUUUGACUAUGAUCUCUUUUUUUAUUUUUAUAUCUUAAAAAGAGCCCCCUUAAACUAAAUUUAUUGGAUCCAAGAAUCUAUGUCAAUUUGUCAAUUUAGAACUGAUGUCAUGGCUUAUUUUCAAAUCCAGCAAUACAUUGCUUUUAAAAUUUGCCAACAUUAACGACCCGUAAUACUCUUUAAGACUAAAAUAUUAAUGUCUUCCUUGUUCGGUCAUUUUAAAAUUUACUUGGGUUGCCUAAUAUGUUUGAGUUUAUUUUCGCAUGUCCAGCAAAUCUAACACACGUUUCAAUGGUCAAUCUGACUCCAUUGAUCAUAUAAAAAGGUUUCACAAAUACUAAAAGCAUAAGUUCAACCACCAAGGUUGAACUUAUGCGCAGUGGACCUGAAAUAAAUGCGACUCCAAAAUAAACCGAGACACUAAAAUGUUUGAUGUGGCCGGUGUAAAAAGAUGUCUGCUGCCACACCGUAAAGACAAACUCUCGAACUCGAUAAGAAGACUCAAUCUUAUCAGUUCAAACGGAGAUCCCUUCCAACUACUUACAAAUGCGGGGUUUCUGAAGGUGUAUAUCAACUUCCUCUUGACGGUGUGAUAGAGGAUAUGGAGAAAUUUUCUAAUUUCUCAUGAGAACGAUUUCGUGUCAUAAAUACAAUUAACAAUGUGCAAAAUUCAUUACCUUGGGGCUUUUCACAAGAAAUAUUAAACUGAUACCAGACAGCUCAUAUCCUAUCCACUACUUAUUGCAUCAAUGAUGAAUCUGAAAUGCAAUGGGGGUUUCUCAUUAUAAGUUAUAAGUUAAAGACUCCCUUAGUUUUAUCUCUGUUGCAAAGAAGCAAGAUACAGAAAAUAAAGUACGGGCACCCUAACUUGUACACUACUUUUAAAUUGUUGUCAGCCGCAAUCGGUAGAACUUCCGUGCUUGUCUUUGAACUAAUUCAUACAAUACAGAAUGAAUUGUAUCUCACAAUUAUAGUUUGCAGCCAUCAGGAUUUGACCAAAAUCAGCUGUAAAAUGCUAGUGGUUAUCUGUGUAGUUUUCUUCUUUCUUGAUCAACAAAUUGGGGCCGUGGGAAGCAGAUGUUCAUCAGCUGAAGAUGCGACCAAACCAUUUUCAACAGUGCCAGUUGUGGAAAUGAACAACUUGGAAUUCCCGAAUGAGCACGUUCUUCCAACUGGCUACAAUAUAACAGUCGUUUGUACAAGCAAUAAACCAGCUCAUCGGAAUGGGAGAUACUUCAAACCCUACUGGAUACAGUAUUUUUUCAAUAAUGACUACAAGAGACACUUGAGUUGUGGUGGUGGCUAUCUGGAUUCACAUUACGAAAAUUCAAAAGUGUGCAAUUACUUUAUUCAAAAUGCCACCGAGAAGAACUCUGGCAAUUACACCUGCAUCGCAACCAAUGAAUAUGGCUGCACAACAGAAACGAUGGCGUUGAAGUUUAAAAAGCCAUCGCCCCCGCUUUUUAGUCAUCACCAGCCUGGUAAAGUCAACUUUCUAAAAUCGAGUAGGGCCAAACUCAGCUGUAAUGCAUCAGGUGUUCCCGGCCCCUUCAUCGCUUGGUUCAAAGACGGUGAUCGCCUUGCAAGUUCUUCCGUAAAAGGGUCUCAAAGUUAUUCAAUAUUGAAUUUUGAGUCUGUCCAACCUUAUAACCAAGGACAGUAUUGGUGCGAGGCAAACAGCACUGAGGGACGAAGCACAUCAGCCACUGUGAACCUAACAGUUGUGUGGAAACCAGAGUUCUCCAUUCAUCCCCAAGACAACACUAAGUAUUUUGACGACGAUGCCACCAACGUGUUCAUUAGUUUCUCGUGUGCAGCAAAUGGCUCCCCUCUUCCUGUGAUCAGCUGGUUAGAAAACAACUCCAAAGUAGAUGAUGAUAAAGCGAUUCAAAAGGAUAACAUCUCCAUCCUCACUUUGGUAUUUAAUGAGGGAACAGAAAAGCACUGCAAAUAUCGCUGCGUCGCUAAAAACUCGUUGGGAAACACGUCUUCUCAAGAAGCCACUCUGAUGAUCACAAAAAGACGUAAAAAUCAUUCGACAAUAGAGGAUAACACAGAACUUAAUGAUAAUGGGUCUGCAAUCAUUUGGUCCACCGUGAUAACUGGGGGUUCAGUUCUUAUCAUGAUCAUCAUAGUUCUUCUUGUCAUCAAGUGGAGAAUGGACAUUAGAUCAAAUUACCAACUAGACCAGGAGGCUUUUAAAAGGACCGAAGAGGCUUUUGAGAUAAAAAUCACGAACACAAAGGAUACGAUAAAUCAGCUACGAAACAGCCUGUCUACAUUAACCGAUGAUGGUCAACUCCCGGAUCCAUCUGCUACUGGAGAAAACGGUGUCGUUGAAAGCGAAAUUUAUUUGCAAUUAAUGGCAGUUGACAGAAACUGGGAGAUCCCCAGGGAUAGACUCACUAUCUCAGAGGAGAAACUUGGCAGAGGAGAGUUUGGAGAGGUUAAGAAAGGAAUUUACCUAAGAACUGAUGGAAAUGAACUUUCAGUAGCGGUGAAAACUCUGAAAGAUAACAAAGACAGACAGCAGCGAAUGGCGCUUAUCAAAGAACUGGAGACACUUAUCCAAGUUGGUCGCCAUCCGAAUAUUGUCAGUUUGGUUGGAGCUUGCACUUUUGAAGAGCCACUUUGCGUCGUCAUUGAAUUUGUCUCUGGCGGAAGUCUUGAUAAGUUACUUCAAGGCAGUCGCGUCCAAAACCAACAAGUUGAUCCAUAUGUAAACAUAUGGUCGAGGCUGACUGAGAGAGAAUUAUUGAGGAUUGCUUCAGACGUCUCAAGUGGCAUGAGACACUUGGAAAGUAAACAGUGCAUUCAUCGCGACUUGGCAUGCAGGAAUGUUCUUGUUGGAAAAGGACUGAUAGCGAAGGUGGCUGAUUUUGGAAUGGCACGUGACGUAUCUGCAGAUGGGCAGUACAUCAAGACAACAGAGGGACGUGUUCCAUGGCUAUGGAUGUCAAUGGAAGCAUUGAGGGGAACUUGUACAAUAAAAGGAGACGUGUGGUCAUUUGGAGUAACCCUGUGGGAGAUAGUUACUCUCGGAGAACUACCGUACAAGGACAUUAAGGGAAUUUUAGAGCUUCACGAAUUGCUGGAGGAAGGAGCAAGAUUACCAAAACCACCGCAUUGUUCCGAUGAGCUUUAUAACAUCAUGUUAGGCUGUUGGCAGAGGAACCCUGACGAGCGUCCAUCAUUUGAUCAACUUUGUGAGAUGCUAGAGGAGCUUUUACAGCAAGAAACUAGAACAUACAUCAAUGUUACUUACUUCGAGGAACAAAACAAGGAGGAAACAGACGUUCGACACAAAUGAAGGUUCUUGCCAUGAAAGAGCGAAAUUGAAGAUCGAAGAGUUUGUCACUUAGAAAACGUAAAGAUACUUCAAUGCCACUUAAGACGCCAGUCAGAUGGAGGUCCUGUUUUUCGUUUCUCAUCCAUCGUUUGCUUUGCCAACGCCGGGGGAGAAAUAACAAGUUCAUUACUUCAGGAAUAGAAGGGGAAAGGGGGAUGUGGAAUACUGCAAUUUGGAUGUUCGAGUAAACGUGUUUAUGAACACUUUUUCUUAUGAUUGUUUUGUUAGCUCAAAUCUGGCGAGCUUUCAUUCUAAGUUAGUUAUACCUAUUCAUGUAAAUUGAAAUUUUUCUCGAAACAUAGCCUUCUAUAAAGGUAUUUUGCUGGCAGGCGUAAGAAGAUGUGAGUAAAAGAAAUUCAAGAUAGUCAACCAGCAACCACAAUUUAACGUAGCCUAGAGGCUAAUUACAUCUGGUAUUUACUUUAAAGUAUCGUCCCCCGGCUAUGAUAAAUUCAUAAUGAUAACGGUGUAUCCUUGUUUUAACUUUAGUAGCUGACUUUGCCUGUUAUCAGACAAAAGAAUUUAACAAAGUUGAAAUUAAAUUCAACGUUUUAACACCUUUUUUCUUGAAAACACAUUUUCAUGGGACCUUCAAAGACGUGAUCACAGUUCAUCGUUGCAUGAAAAAUCGCAGAUGUUCAUAAGUAAUGUAAAACAAUGACCUCUUUUUACUUAAAUUGAAACUUGACAAGCUGUAAUGAGAUCCACAAUAAAACUGAAUGGAAAAUUAA